UCACCGAGAGUGCCCACAACUGAUUCGGCCUCUUAAACUCCUUCCCCACCCGCGAUCCCCUCCUCCGCGUUUGGUCGCACCUGGAUCUUUGGAAUCAGCUCUCCAGCUCCCCCUCGUCUCACCGCCGAGAUCGAUGUGGCGUUCCUUCUCUUCCUCUUCCUCCCGCUCCCUCCUCCGCAAUCUGCUCACCUCCCGACCGGCGAAGCACCCGAUUCCGCCUCGCUUACCUCUUCCCUGGCAUUUCUGGUGUUCCUCCUCCUCCUCCUCCUCCUCCGAUUCGGGCGCCGGAUCGGCGCCAUCGGAGCAGAUGACGAUCGCGGAGGCGAAACGGGUGAUGCGACUGGUGAACGUCGAGGCGCUGAAGCGGAAGCUGGAGAGGGAGGGGGAGGAGGUCAUUGGGUACGGGCAGCUCCUGAAGGAGUGCGAGGGGAUGGGGGUGGCGCGCUCCCGAGAGGAGGCCGACGCCUUUGCCCGCGCGUUGGAUGAGGCCGGCGUCGUCCUAUUGUUCAGGGACAAAGUCUAUCUCCACCCAGAUAAGAUUGUGGAACUCGUUAGGAGAGCAGUUCCUCUUGCUCUCACACCUGAGGACGACCCGAGGAGAGAAGAGUUGGACCAACUGCAGAAAAAGAAAGAAGAAAUCGAUGCUCUUGCACACAAGCAGGUUCGGCGCAUACUCUGGUCAGGGUUAGGUUUCCUAAUCGCUCAAAUCGGCCUGUUCUUUCGGCUCACCUUCUGGGAAUUCUCAUGGGAUGUCAUGGAGCCAAUAGCCUUCUUCUCCACUACAGCUGGUCUCAUCGCAGGGUAUGGUUACUUUCUUAUAACAUCAAGAGAUCCAACGUACCAAGAUCUGUUGAAGAGGUUGUUCUUGUCAAGGCAAAGAAAACUAAUUCAGAAGCAGCGUUUUGACAUUGAGAGAUACACGGAACUGCAGAAACAUUGCAAGAACCCAUGGGAGAAGAUGACCAUGACAGAAAAUAUACGGCUUCAACAUUCCUAAUCUGAACUAAUUGUCAUGCCCCUUGUUUUUGUAUUCUUUGAGACUGCAAUAUCAAAACUUUUAUGCAAUAUUGUCGUUUCUCAACCGAGCAGUGAAAUACUGAGAAGUUAGAGAUAAACAUAUCGAGUUCUUCGUGGA